AUGGCGCAACGACCGGUAUUUUGGCAGAAGCGCGUUCUCGUGCCCUUCUGGAUAGUGCGAAUAUGUAUCAUGAUCUUGAUCAUUGCAGCAUAUGGUUAUUCCCUGCGGACUGUGGAUGAACUAAAGGAUGUCAUCCAACCAUCAACUGGAUCAGUCGUUGUCUUCAUGCUCUUCAUCGUCAUUGUGCUCCUCAUCGACAUUCUUGCGAUCAUCAUGUUCCUUGGCGACAAGCUGAAGCCAGGCACUUUCCUGACCAUGAACUGCUUCCAAACUGGAUUCUGGACUGGCGUCUUGAUCAUGGACUUUGUCGCCAUAGGCCAGGGCGCCAGCACUGUAGGAAUUGGAUUCAGCAUCUUCGUAUUCCUCACCUUCCUCGGUCUCCUCAUCUACGCCAUCGUCGGUUACCGUCGCGCGAAGAAAGAAGCCCAACGGGGCCAGUAUGCGCCAGCGCAUAACCCAUUGGCGGCGGCGGCUGCUGCACAAUCAUCCCCGUACAACAGCGUCCCCGAGUACCAACAGAAUACCGCAUACCAUUCGCAGACACAGCCUGAUAUGCACAACCAGUACCUUCCACCAUACCAAAGUGGUGCUGCGACGGACUACUACCAGCAGCCUGUGAAGCCCGCCCACAUUGUAUGA